UGGUGCAUUUGUAGUUCCGCAUUGUGGAUCCACUGUGGACCUAGAUGUUUUACUGGGAACUACCAAGCUCAUAGUGUCCUCUGUGACAUUCAAAUUGGUAAUGUUGCAUGCCAGAGGAGACACAAAAGUUUUUGUAAAAGUUCAUAUGAGUUUGCUGCAAGAGAGGAAAUUUCCCCAAAGUAGUCCUAUUAGGAACUUUAGGGGGCAAAUUACAAGGAAAAUUUAGUAAGGAAAUUCAACAAAUUUCCUCGCAUUUUACACACAAAAAGUUCACUAACAUGUGCAUGUGCAACAUAUAAAUUAUUCAUUGAGGUGCAUUAAAUGUUCAUUCUGUCUCUUGAAAUUGGAUGAAUAAAAUCUUGGAGACAGUGAUGUUGGAAAUUUGAAAUGUUGCGAAAGUUCAGUGGAAAGUUUUGUUAUACAUAUAUAAAAGCAGAGCUUUGAAAGUUUUUGGAGGAUUAAGUUUUCUUUUCGGGGAUAAUGUUGUUUUGAAAAAUAACAAAAAGAUUUUUAUGUUAAAAGUGAAGAUUUAAAGCUUUUUUAGAGCGCUGUAGUAGCGAUUGUUAGAAUAUUAAACUUUUUAUCGUGUUUUACUAACGAUUUUUUUAAAUUAUUAGAUACUAAUUUAUCUAAUUCACAGCAUAAUUAAUAAAUAUUACAAAUUCAUGUCAGGAUAUUUAAUAUCAUGUUAAUGUUUUCAGCAUAUUUAGAUUUCAUGUGUUUCCAUUUAAUUUAAUUAACAACAUGGAUUUAUAAACAUUUAUUUAUGUUCAACGUCCAGCCCUUUGGGCAUUAUUUGCUCGGAUUUAUCUGCUUCUAAUUUCCACUGAUAUACUAAAUUACAUACAAGGGCAUUGAAAAUUAUUCAAACGAGUCAAAAGCACUAAUAUGGGGUCAUUUGUAAUGGAUUUAGUCAAUUUAGUGGCACAGUGUGUGUGCUUCCAGCCCCUAAAUUCAAUUGAAACUAGAUAAUAAACAUUUUGGAAAUUAAAUUCGCAACAGAAUAAAUCACUAAAUUUGAAACAUUAUGCAUUUCAAUCCCAAUGAAAAACACACAAAUUUUCCCUGGAAAAAGUCAACUCUGAGUGGUUAUUUAGCAAAAUUAAACUUUUUAUGCAAAUUCUCUUAACGGCAGGAAAAGUCCUGGCAUUGUGUCUCUUGACAAAACAUUAAUUUUCCUCUUGAAGACUCUUCAUAAAGCUUUUUUUUCCACCCUCCCGUUUCUCAUACUCUGCGGAUAAAUCUCAGUCAGGUAUAACAACCACCAAUCCCCCCCCAUCCGACAAAAGUGAAUGCCUCCCAAAGACCGCAUAAAUGAAUAUUUUAGACAACAAUAAAGUGUACAGAAUAUUCAUGGGGCAGGUGUAAAAAAUUCAUCGUCAAUUUCACUGCGAUUCGCAACAUUAAACCACCCCCGCACGGUAUAAAUUUAAUAAAUAAAAUUACUAAUAAAAUAUAAAUGCGGUAAAGCGGAAAGAAUUCACAUGAGCACCGGAAGAGCUUUUGCGGGUGGAUAUUUCUCAAUCCAGCAUUGGAGGGUUGAAUUUUUAGGGGUAGGGGAAGGCCUAUAAAAGACAUGGUGUGUGAGAAAUUUUCAGCAUCCUUCCCUCCCCCAAAAUGUGCAAGAGAAGACGCACACACUGAUAAGGAUAAAUAAUGAUUGUACAUAAUUUAUCAGCGGGGGUGCACCAGCUGAGUUUCAGCCUCAUUUGGCGGCAUGACUUGAUUGCUGACACAGAGGGUAUGGAUGGGGGUGAGAAAUUGGACAAUUAAAUUGCAAUAAAAACAGAUGGAAAGGAGCAAAUUGCCCAAUUGUCUCCUCACGCAGAGCGCCACGUCAGAGCUUUCAAAGAAAGUUGCUGCGUGUUGCCACGAUCCACCCCCGCACAAAAUGAUAUUGAUGAUGACGAAAAAGCUUCAAUGCACAGAGUUGUGUUGCUAUUCCCUUAGAUUGUCUUACUAGUUGUCUUAUAAACUGACUUUAAGGUUUUUUUCUUGGUUAUAUUUAGUUGAUUUUUGUGUUAAAUUACUUAGAAAACCAAAGGCCCAAACAAAUCUAUAGAACAGCGUAAUUCUGGAACUUUGCUCCUGAUCUAUGAUGAGGUUCAAAUUGGCUAAUACUCCCCGUAAAAGUUGGAUAAAAUAAAAAUUCUUUCACUUUUAGGAGAAUUUUUUUUUAAAUCUUCUAAAUAGAAAAGAAAAUUCUUCUUUAAUCUAAAAUGUUCUCAACUCAAAUUAUACACCACAUAAAAGACAUAAAAACAUAAUAUUGUCUAGAGUGGGAUGACUAAACAGAAUAAUUUGUUGUUGCAGUAUCGACUACGACCACAACUUCACACUGCCACUGUGGCGUCAGAUCCUGUGGAGCAUCCUAUUUGGUGGCAUGGUGAUUGUGGCCACGGGGGGUAAUCUAAUCGUCAUAUGGAUUGUCCUGGCGCACAAACGAAUGCGAACGGUGACCAACUAUUUCAUAGUGAAUCUCUCCAUUGCCGAUGCCAUGGUCUCCACACUAAAUGUCACCUUCAAUUACACAUAUAUGCUGAACGCACAUUGGCCUUUCGGCACCAUUUACUGCAAGAUCUCACAAUUUGUCGCAAUACUCAGCAUCUGUGCAUCGGUUUUCACCCUCAUGGCAAUCUCCAUUGACAGAUACAUGGCCAUCAUGAACCCACUGCGACCACGGAUGGGUAAAACAACAACGUUGGGAAUUGCAGCAUUUAUCUGGAUUGUUGGUAUUAUCCUCUCCUGCCCAAUGUUGGUGUUCUUCACCACCUACGACCAACACCUGCAGGAAGGCGAAGUGCGAGUGGUGUGCUAUUCAGAGUGGCCGGAUGGACCUACAAAUCACAGCUUUCAGGAGCACGUCUAUAAUGUCGUUUUCAUGUUCCUGACGUACUUUCUGCCCAUUGGCUCCAUGACGUUCACAUACGCCCGCGUCGGCUUGGAACUCUGGGGCUCCCAGAGCAUCGGGGAGUGUACGCAGAGGCAGCUGGAGAACAUCAAGAGCAAACGAAGGGUUGUUAAAAUGAUGAUGACGGUGGUGCUUAUCUUUGCCGUGUGUUGGCUCCCCUUUCAAGUCUACUUCAUUGUGACAUCAUACGAUCCGGGAAUUACGAAUCUACCCUACAUUCAGGAAGUCUACUUGGGCAUCUAUUGGCUCGCCAUGAGCAACUCCAUGUACAAUCCGAUUAUUUAUUGCUGGAUGAAUUCACGGUUUCGCCGGGGCUUCAAGCAGUUUUUCCAGUGGUGCCCUUUUGUGCGACUAACACCGGAAACUCUGACGAGACGCGAAGUCGUCACCAAAUACUCAUGUGCCGGGUCACCGGAGCACCAUCGGAUUGUUCGCAAUGACACUGAACGAUCAAUUCUCUACUCAUGUUCAGGAUCGCCAAAGCACCUCAAUCGAACGAGUGGCUCAAUGAGAGCGACAAUGCAACAUACCUGCAGUCCUGGCACAAAGACAAGCUUCGUGUCCAACACAGCGGGUAUGAUAACGCUCAACUCACUAAACAAUGACAUCCCCCUGAUGAGGCAGGGGGGUGGUAGUCAACGGUGGAAGUCACGGCGGUCAGUAUCCUGACAACUGUCGGGUGGAAGUGGUGACGGGGUACCCUACAACGGUAUCAGUUGCAACAACAACGAGACCACACAGCAAACGAUCCUCGAUAGCCCCGUCGAGUCGGCGGGUGGGACGCGACAGCGAAGGACGUGGAUUUGAAAGGAAACCAAAUGCUGAGCUAAAUCAGCAUGUUUUAGUGAAUCUAUAACGAUGAUGGUGUGAGCUGCGGGGGUGGAGAUCAUAUAUUAUUAAAGUAUAGAGAUGCACCACACCAAUGACAAGGAGAAAAGACUGUGAAGUAGAUUGAAAUUAAUUUUAGAGAAGCAGUUGGGGUCAUCUUCAUUGGAGGUUCCAGUGUUUUCUGCUUUGUUACGUUUUAACGGUUGUUAUUUGAAUUUAAAUCAACCUGUCAAAUUGUUGAAUUUCUUGUCAGGUUCAAUGUUUUUUUUGCCAGGUGAUGCGGAAAAUACAUUUAUUGUUUUAUUAUUUUCCGAAUUCAAUUUUCAUUUGACAUUUCGAAGGCUAGAAUUUUCUUCAUCAAGGAUAAGCUUUUUUGGAAAGCUCCUGAGCUUUUUUUUCUAUCUGAUAAAUGGAAAAAAAAUCAUGUUUUUUUCAGGGGAAAAAUAUCAGGGAAAAGGAAAAACGAGAAAAUCAUAAGGAUAAAGCUUCUGAAUAAGAGCUUUCCAAUCAAUCCUUAAUCAGGAGAUAUUAUUUUGCAGAAAACACCCAUUAAAUGAAGAAAACAAUGUCAAAAGAACCUUGAAGAGGAAAUAUGUUAGAACACAUCUUUUUUGAGAAUCUCAAGAAUGGAAUAUUCAAGAAGAAGAAAUGUAAAUUAAGAAUUUGCCACAUUUAUAGCAUUUAUGAAUGUACAUAAUGAUGAGAAUGAAAGGAAAAUGCUUGAAAACAUCCCCUUAAAACGUUAUAUAUAUUAUACAACAUUUUUGUGUGAUAGGGCAGAACAAAACAGAGAAUUUCAUGGACCAAAGUCCGAAUUUGGCGCGGGGAAAAAAGCGAUUUAUUUCACGAGAAUGGAGCAAGUGAAUGCUCCAAAGCUCAUGGGAAGGGGGUGAGAGGAAGAAUAUUAAUCAUGGCAACCACCUGAUAAGCACAUACACACACACAAUUGACACUAUCGCUGUUGAUUUGGUGAAAAUUGUGCAGACAACCCCUGCUUCACCACCCGGAAGGCAAAAGUGUUUGGCUCUAUUUUCAACGGACGUUUCAAUUUCCGACUGAAUGCUGAUGUUUUAUGUAUUGAAAAUUUUCCUAUCGCAUCCCCAAAAUGUGUGGUCCAUUGACAAGGGGCGUAUGGAGUGGGGGUGGGUGGGUGUGUGGCCCACUACACAGAGAGCUUUGUCAAUCGCACACAAAUGGUAAAUUUAGAUGGCAAAAAAAUGUCGAAGAGAGAAUUGAAAUUAAUCUGUUGGGGGUGGUGGAAAAAAAGCGGAAAUUUCCAUAAAAUGGUGCUUAAAUGAUUAUCGAUUUAGUAAUUAAACACCCAAAGAAUUAAAGAGAUAACUCAAGAUUUUCCCAUCCUCCUUCUGUACCAACAAAAAUGAGAUUCCAAAGCCACAUUAGUGUGGGAGUUAAUGAGGGAGAGGGAGAUGAUGCGAUAGAUGCGAUAAGGAUUUGUGGUAGGUUGCAAAAUGAAAAUGUUAUCGAGUAAAUUAAUCUAAUUUAGUGGUGGCGAUUCAUUUAGGGGAGACUGGGGUAGAAUAAUAUGUAUUACAGGGUGACUCGGGAAAACCUCCCAAAAUUGGCUUUUCCAGCCUGGAAGAUUAGAUGAGCCUGGAGAUUAAGAACAUAAAAAAGGAGUUUAUUCAUUUUGUUACCUGAAGCGGCAUCAUUAGGAAAUCAGUUGGAAAUAAAAGUAAACAGAUCAUGAAUAAAAAAUCUCUAGAUAUAGGAUUUGCUAAAAAUUAGUUAAGCCACGCCCUUAUUCUACAUUGUUGUGUAUGAAGCAAAUGCUUCAAUGCUUCAUUGACGAAUCUAAUUUCUUGCAAUAAUUAGGAAAUUUAAAAUCAUUCAUUGAAACAAAUUAUUUUUUCUUAAUAAUAGUUAAAACAAGAUAUACUACUGAAUUUUUCCUCAAAUAGUAAAAAACAAAAGCCUCGAAAUGAAUAAACUUCUUUCCUAUAAAAUUCAUUUCUUUUGAAUCUAUUGUUCUAUUUUUCUCUAUCAAUGUACAAAAAUUGAAUUGAUUUUUUUAUCAAAAAUUACUACAAAAAUAAUCUAUUUAUUUAUCAACUCUAUUUCAAGGAAAUCAUUUCAUAAGUCUUCAAGAUAUUGAAGAAAAUCUCGCUGUUGGGGGGAGCUAAUGUGCAAUGUGUUUUCGUGGGAGGAAAUUACGCGUUUUCCGCUGAAUUGUUCCUACAGGAAACUACCACAGUGCCACAGUUCCAUUGUGACAAUUUCCAUUUUUGUCUCUCUUCGCAUUUUAUCAAACAAUUCUGUAAUUGCAUAAUCCCCAAAAAAGGGAGAGAUUUUUUGCCGAAACAUAAAUCAUCCUAUUUUGGACAUUCAACAGAGAAGAUAAAUUCAGUGUUUGAAGCACAUAUCAUCAAGAGAGUUAGGCAGAUAAAUCGAAAUAUAAAUGCGUGUGGAGUGAGCUUUUUUUUUCUAGGAGAAGUGUCAUCAUCAGAAAUCAAUGAAUAUAAAAAGAGAAAAUGAAGAGAACACAAAGUACCGGAAGAAUCCUCAUUUUUAUAGAGAAAACAAAAAUACUUUUGUUGAACCAUAAAUACUCAAGUCAGUGAAAUUCCAUGUUGAAUUGUUUAGGAUUAAAUAUACAUUCUGAGAGAGAAAAUAAAUAGAAAAUAAAAAGAAAACUCUUCCUUUAGCAGCAAAGAAGAAAAAAAUAAAUUCAAUGUUUUUGCAAAGAAAGAGGAAUAAAAACAAACCCCCUGUUGAAGCCCCUCGAGACAUCAUUCCCACGAAAAAUGUUCACCGAGACUCUGUUCUGAGAAUUAAAAUAUAUAGGAAUUUUAAAAUGUAAGCCACCCACUUGUGAAAAAAAAUUCUGCAAGAUGCAGAAAAAUUUCUUACAGCGACUUUUCUGCGAAAGAAAGGAAGAAAAAUAUCAAAAGAAAGAAAAAUGGUGUUACUUCUCAAGAGAGACGAGAGGUUUAUCUAAAAGUUGGAGAAAAAGAAUUUUAAAUGGUGAUGAUUGUAAAGCGAAGAGAAGAAAAAUAAAUAUAUGUUUUAUAAAUAAAAAUGGCACGGAGAAUUAU